AUGGCCACCUUAUCCAUCUCCACAGCUCUUCAAAAACUCACUCUCUUCCCUUCUUCUUCCUCUUCUUCUAGUAAAAAACAAAACCUCCCAUUUCUCUCAUUUCCAAUUUCAAUCCAAAACCCUAACUCUAUUCGAUUCCCCAUUCGUCAUGCAGCCACCAAGUCCCAAACUGGACCCGUCAAGAAACGCUCCUCUUCCUCUUCUACAGCUUCGUCUAAUACUAACAAGAAGAAGAAAAGAAGAACUAAGAGUAGUGCUGGUGAUAAUUUGAAUUUGAGAGAUGUUGAAAUUGUUAAAGACGAUGGAGGUCUUGCUGAUGUUCAGGUUGUUGUUGAUGAUGACAGCGAUGAUGAUUUUGAUUCGGAUUCGGAUUCGGGUUUGGGUUCAAGAAAAGUGUCUACCCAUCCAACUACUCCGUUGCCUAAACCGCCAGCUGGGUUUGUUGUGGAUGAUAGUGGAAGGGUUCUCUUGGCUUCUACGAAGCGGAUUGUCACCAUGGCCGAUCCCAUCAAUAAUUAUCUGUUGGAGUGUGUUAUAAGGAGAAUAUUUAGAAGUUCACGAGGGGAUGAAUGCAUGCUGCUAUGUCCAGCUGACACGCCUGUUCAGAUUUUGAAGAGUGUAAAUAUUGAUGGUUGGUCUGCGGUCAGUGAUGAAGAAGUUGAAUCUAUUCUUCCAGCUGCUGCAUAUGCUCUAGCCAAGAUACACAUGCAUUUAGUGCAUAGCGGAUUCUGUUAUACAGCAAGAGGAGGAUUUUGUUACUCAGAGGAUGACAUAUUUGAUUUCCGCACAGAUGAUGGUGAAGAUAUAGAUGGCUUGCCAAACGAAGCGAACUAUUCUUUGGCUAUAUCUUCUGAAAUAGUAUUCUAUUGUCUUCCUCACCUGGGAGUGUACUCUGUUUCUCUCAAGUUUGAUGCAACUUACUGGGGUUUUGCAGUUAUGAUCUCAAAGAAUCAUAUGCCUGAACUUGGGAAUCCCAACUCUUUGUUUUAUCUUGCUGACGGUGCACAUUAUAUGAUUUAUACACCAUCUGAUCCGCUUCUUUUUGUUGCUGUUAAGGAUAAGGAUGGGCAGUUGCAAAUAGCAGAUGAUGAUCUCUUAGAGGACCCUGCAAUCAUAAGCGCCAUAGACGAGGAGACAGAAUUUAAUGCGCUGGUGGAGGAAGAGGCUGCUCUUCUGGAAUCGCUGAUGGGUGAAAGAUGA